AUGGAGACCCUUGUCUUUUUAUUUUCAUUUUCUGCCCUUGGCGUUCUUUAUGCCAUGAACACCAUUCCUGAGUUUCAAGAGCCUUAUGUGAUCUUGGAGAUUGGCGUUGCUGUGUUGGUGAUUGUUUUUCUGUUUUACUUCCUCAUCACUCGUGGCAACCCGCCUAAAGACGUUUUAUUCUUUGUUUUUGCUGAAUUUUGCUUUACUUGUGUGAUUGACCUGAUAAGUGCCUUGGAGUAUGACGGCAUUAUUUCCGGCUUUAUGGAAUUCUACCAAAAGACGGGAGAGCCCUAUCUGGGAACAGCCUAUGCCAUCAUGAUGUGUUACUGGGAUGGAAUUGCACACUUUAUCAUGUACCUGGUGAUGAUCAGCAGGAUAACAGACAGGAAAGCUUACCGUACCCUGGGCUUGUUCUGGGCUGGCUCUUUGUGUGCCAACAUGAGCGUGUUUAUUGCCGGGAUAGUGGCAGGUAAAUAUGGAUCAGAGAUCCGUCCGGCCUUCUGGCUCAACUUUCUCUUCCUUUUGAUGCCUGUAUGGGGAGCCGUCACACUGUUCACUAAGCCCAAGGACAGACCACUAAUCGGUGGAUACAAUGCCCAGCAUGCUCAGAGCAUGGUGCUGAUCUGGCGUCCCUUGGAUAUGAUCCUGGUGCUGCUCCUGUUAGCUGCUAUGGCCUUCACCAUCCUCAGAGGCUUGGUGGCUCUGGACUCUCCACUAGAGGCAUGUUCCAUCUACCUGAAGCACUAUGAACCCUACCUGAAGGAUCCUGUAGGCUACCCCAGAGUUAUGAUGCUGCACUUGUUCUUCUAUGGACUACCUCUGUUGGGUGCAUUUGUUUAUGGUCUCCUCAAGCCUGGAUGCACAUGGAUGUCAGACUGGACCGUGUUCUUCGCCGGAGCCGUGAUCCAGUGCCAGUGGGCCCACAUUGGGGGGUCCCUCCACUCUCGCACCACAGCUCCAUUUCGAAUCCCAAAUGAUGCUUUCUGGUGUGUGCUGACAGCUAACUUGCUCUAUGCAGCCACUCCCAUCCUGGUGGCAUUGCGGGUUCAAAGUAACCCCUAUUUCUUCCUGAAGAUUGCCCCCUUUCCUGGGCAGACAGGUUUGCCAAACAGUGAGGAGAAAGAUACCAAGUACAAAGACAAAUAG